UCUCCGGUACAUCUCCUGCCGGCUGCCCAUAGCGGGAAAUUUGUUCAUAUUCGUCGGUAUUACUAUUAGAGUACAGAGCAAGGAACAGAGGCGUAUUUUAGCUAGAGAAGUAAAAAAGUAACUGGUGAAGUAAGCUUUCGAUUAAUGAGGUGACAGACAAAAUGACUCUACUGCGUGUAGGACUAUGCCCAGCUUUGACAGAGGAAACUCUAGAUGCACUGAAUACAGCAGGAAUAAAAACAGUGCUGGAGUUUGUCUGUGCAGACGUUGAAGACCUCGCCCAAAAGUGUUCCAUCUCAUACAAGGUGUUGCAGUCCAUAAGAAGGCUGUUGCUGGCCCAGUACUCCUCUUUCCCGAUAAAUGGAGCUGAUCUCCAUGACGACGUGAUGUCAUCCAUUGCUAUCCUGUCUACAGGAUGCACCAGUCUUGAUGAGCUCCUGGACGGUGGUCUCUACACAUCUGAGCUAACAGAGGUGACAGGAGGCCCAGCAACUGGCAAAACACAGUUGUGCAUGACAGCAGCAGCCAACAUCACUGCUGCAGCACAGCAGAAUGUCUUAUACAUCGACACCAACGGCGGAUUCAGCAGCCAACGACUGCAAGAUGUCAUGGCUGUCAGGGGACACUCAGACAAGGUUAUGGCCGCUGCUUUCCAGAGGCUGCGUUGCACCAGGACCUUUGACCUCUUUGAACUCCUCAGCCUACUGGAAAUAACCAAGUCCUCCAUCGAUAGCAGAAGUGAUCCUUUCUACGAAUCACUGAAGCUGAUAACUGUGGAUUCAUUGACUGCCGUAGUGUCUCCGUUGCUUGGUGGACAACAAACAGAAGGUCAUGGGUUGAUGAUGCACCUAGCCCGGUCACUCAAAGCGCUGGCCGUGGAGUACUCGGUCGCUAUUCUUUUGACCAAUAAUCAAGUCCGGGGCGAUGGGACCCAGCGUAAGCCUGCCCUAGGACGUACCUGGUCCCAUGUACCCCACUGCCGCCUGCUACUCACCCAUGACAGGUCAGAUGACGCCAGCCUGCAGACUCCUAGCCAUCAAAUCAGAAGGGAAGCCAAACUUAUCAAAUCCGGGAGACAGCCAAUCAAUGUGAGUUGCACCUUCAAGAUUGAUGAUGCCGGCAUCUGCAGUUGACUCCGUGAGUUCAUUAGUCCACUCUAAGUAGCACUGUGAGAAGUUACAGGACGUCAGUACUGUAGAGGCUGAUAUAUAUUAAAGGCAAGUUCACAUUUGGCCAACCUUGAGCUGAAUUUCUCCACGUUUGAGUGGGAUUUGUUUACAUACCCUACUAAGUGGCAAAGAUAUGAAAACUUCAGUAAGUCCUUUGGUGACUUGGCCAGUCAGCAUUCCUUGUAUGUUGCAGUUUAUCCUUCAAUAGGGGACGAUUUGCAAUAGUUAGCCUCCAAGAGUUUGCAACGCCUCGGCCAAUCACAAAGCCUGGAAUCUGUCUACCCUUUUCAAACGUGCUUU